AUGUUACUCAAAAAGGUUAGAAAUCUUUUUAGAAUUAAAGCUUAGCUUUUCAGUAGCUUGAUGAGAGGCUUGUAUGCAGACAGGGAAGGAGGGUUUUCAAGCAUCUGUACAAAAACUAAAUUGCAAAUUUUCCAGGUAGAGAAGAAGAAACUGGAAUUUAUAGAUGCUGAGCACCUAAAUACUUCCAAACAUCUGUGUUCCAGCUUUGAAAUACAUAGUAAAUGGGCUCUGUAUGAAAUAUUCAUCACUUCUGCAGCUGUCUGAAGGGAAGUUUUUACCUUUGAAGACAAUGUUAGGACCAAGAUAUGAUGAGCAGGUUGCUGAAGAAAAUCGUUUUCACCCAAGUAUGUUAUCCAACUACUUAAAGAGUCUGAAGGUUAAAAUGGGCUUGCUGGUAGACUUGACCAAUACCAUUAGAUUCUAUGACAGAAAUGAUAUAGAGAAAGAGGGAAUUAAAUAUAUAAAGCUCCAGUGUAAAGGGCAUGGUGAGUGCCCUACACCUGAGAAUACAGAAACAUUUAUCCGUGUAUGCGAACGCUUCAGUGAUAAGAAUCCUUCAGAGCUUAUAGGUGUCCAUUGUACACAUGGUUUCAAUAGAACUGGAUUUUUGAUCUGUGCCUUUUUGGUCGAGAAGUUGGACUGGAGUAUUGAGGAUGCUGUGGCUACUUUUGCUCAGGCCAGACCUCCAGGUAUUUAUAAAGGUGACUAUUUGAAGGAAUUAUUCCGUCGUUAUGGUGAUGAAGAUGAUGCACCAGCACCACCAGAGCUUCCAGAAUGGUGCUUUGAUGAAGAUGAAGAGGAGGAUGAUGAUAAUGGUAAAACUGGAGGCCCUGAAUCAGAACCCGGAUCAUCAAGCUCUUACUUUGGCAAGAGGAGAAAAGAACGCCUAAAACUGGGUGCAAUUUUCUUGGAAGGAAUAACAGUUAAAUGUGUGACCCAGGUGACAACACAACCAAAAUUAGGAGGAAUACAGCAAAAAUGUCAGCAAUUCUGUGGAUGGGAAGGCACUGGAUUCCCUGGAGCACAGCCUGUUUCAAUGGACAAGCAAAAUAUUAAAUUUUUGGAGCAGAAGCCAUACAAAGUUAGCUGGAAAGCAGACGGCACCCGGUACAUGAUGCUGAUUGAUGGCAAGAAUGAAGUUUAUAUGAUUGAUAGAGACAAUUCCAUUUUUCAUGUGUCCAACCUGGAGUUUCCGUUUCGUAAAGAUCUUCGCACACAUCUAACAAACACUCUUCUAGAUGGGGAGAUGAUCAUCGACAAGGUUAAUGGACAGGUUGUCCCUCGGUACUUGAUAUACGACAUUAUUAAGUUUAAUAUUAUUUCUUCUGAAGACUUACCUAACAAACACCCAAAUGCUUGUACUGGUGCUCCUGCUGCGUGUUAUGUUCUCAGCCUCUCAAUAUAUUCAUCACCUCAUUCCUUCAAGGCUCAGGGCUGUCAGGGACAGCCUGUUGGAGACUGCGAUUUUAAUGUUCGACUUGCAUGUAUAGAGAAGGAGAUUAUAUUUCCACGACAUGAAAAGAUGAAAAGUGGUCUCAUUGACAAAGCACAGGAACCAUUUGGUGUUCGAAACAAACCAUUUUUUGACAUCUACACUUCUAGAAAGCUCUUGGAAGGAAACUUUGCCAGAGAAGUUAGCCAUGAAGUGGAUGGACUGAUAUUUCAGCCUACAGGAGCCCAUCUUGGAUAUUGUGAGGCUGCUAAAAGGUCUCCCUGGAGCCUUCUCCUUCUCCAGGUUAAACAUCCCCAGCUCCAUCAGCCUGAUUUUAUGGGAGAGAUGCUCCAGCCCUGUGAUCACCUCAGUGGCUCUUCUCUGGGCUUGUUCUAAUAGCUCAGAGCUGGACACAGCACAUCAGGGAGAAAGUCUUGAUCCAUUCUCCACCCAGUCUGUGUGCUUGGGAUUGCCCUGACCAGGUGCAGGACCUUGCAGUUGUGCUUGUUGAACUUGACUGUUUGCACCAGCCCAUCUCAAGCCUGUUGGGAUCCUUCUGGAUGGCAUCUCUUCCCUCCAGUGUGUUGACUGAAUUAAGAAAGGAAUUAUUUUCAAUUAUUUUAAAUUUGACAGAUAUUUCUACCCUUCCAGUUACUUGUGGAAAGUACAUGUAUAUACUUCUCCAUUUGAAACAGAUUUUUCCUGGUCUACUUCCUGUACUGCAGAUCUUAGCAAGGGGCCAUCACACUCCCAUCUGAAAAUAAGAUAAACAUCUCUGUUUCAAGUUCUACAUUAGCUAACUAAGCAAUUAGGCCACAUACCUUUUUUAUUAUACAUAGCUAUUUCCAAUUUAAAGCCAAACUUCUAGGGUAAAAAAAGUUCACACUUUCAUAAGAAGUCCUGAUGAUAUCUUAGAAUACUGUUAGAAUCUAAAGCAAUUAUAAAGGUUUCUCAGAAACACUUCCCUGAAAAUUAGAGGUUAAGCUAAGCAGAGUUACUACAGCUAAAUUUGAAAUUACCUUUUCUAGUUGAAAUGAACUUACUGAAGAAUGUAUCUCUUAGUCACUGUUACAGGAAAUCAAUAUCUGAUAUGUUUUGUAUUUCUAGAACUUGUGUUUUCUGAUUUAGCACACUAAAAAAUUUAUAACCCAACUAAAACAAUUUUCUUUUAUAAAUACUUGUAAAGGUUAUUAAUCUUUAAUGUAUUUGUUUAAUUUAACAUUCAAAUUUUAAUAUUGUUCCUAAGUUUAUGGAAUAGAAGUUUGUUGCAUCUGUUAUUAAACUGAUUUUCCUGGAUGAAGCAAUAUGCAGUUUUCUCAAUGUAAUGACUUUCAUAGUUGAGAAAGUAUAAGUAAUAUAUUUAGAGUAAAAAAUAUUGUAGACCUGUUACUUGGGAAAGAAAUAUUAAACCUGAUUAACUGAAAAGGAUGAAGCUGAUAGAUGCCUUUUUUUGUUAUGUGAUAGAGAGGGAAUAAAUUAAUAGGCAACAAUACAAGAGCAACAGUAAAACAAUGGAUAAAUGACCCCUUGAGAAUACUAACUGAAAUAAUUUUUGUGUUGUAGUUGAAUGCAUUAUGUAUUAGGUCUUUUCAGAAAGAAAGCAACAACCCUCUGUUGUUGAUUGGGAUAUAGAACCCUGAUUGUGAGAGACCUUUAUAAAACCUUUGUCUCAAGUGAGGAGACCAUGGCAUAUCCAGAAGAAAAUUAAGAACCAUAUUUAUUGACAUAAUUGAUUUUGCAGAAAGAAAGGAUAGACAGAAAUUGAGUUUUAGAAGAUGAGGGAAAUUCAAGAACAUCUUUUGGGAGAUCCUGAAUACCAGUGUGUGUUUUGAAGAGUACACAAAUGUAGAAAAUAAUUGAAGCAAAUUCACAAAGAAGAAUGAAGUGGCAGCAGAGGAGGAUAAACAGAAUGUCAACAUGUAUAGACAGAAAAUUCUUUGGGGAAAAUUACCCACACUUACCAUAUUUUUGAUAGGUGAAGCAGAAUGCAGAAGUAAACUUUUUAAUACAAGGAAUGUUGAGUUUAUUGGUUCACACUGUUUGAACGUCGUUUCUGUGUUUCCCUUCCCCUCUGCCCUGGUUUACUCAGAGGUGUUCCUCUUCUUAUCUGGUCUUAGACAAAGGCAUUCAGACCUGAGUAUAUGGAUAUUUCCCACUAGCUACAGGCAACACUGAUACUGGGAGUCAAUAUGAAUGGAGAAGGAAUAUUUUGUUUUGAAGUUUGGUUUAAUUCUGAUUUGCAAUAAAACUCAAAAUAUCCAAAAUUAUCUGUGAAUUUGCUUUUAGCCUCUAAGAGCUCUUGGUUUUCUCACUUUUCUCUUUGGUUUGAAGAGAUUUGGCAUCAAGUGCCUCUGUAUUAUUCCAUUUUUGAGAAAUUGGUAUGCUUUAAUGAAAAGGGAUUUGUGAAAAAGUUUUACUACUGAAUCAAGGGUUUUCAGUUAGAUAUAAGAGGGUUUUCUUCUCUUAGUAUUCCUAUCUAAACUCUUAUUAUGUGAGUAGCAAGAUUCUUGUACUGAAGCAGAAAUUAUUUUGCACUGUGACUGAUGACAGUAGGAACAACAUUAAGUUGAAAGAGUUGAAAGAGUAAGGCAACUGUUUCCUGCCUGUGCAGCUUAGUUUCUUUUGCAAGAUCAGACUAACUGAGCAUUAUUAUUCCUAAUUAAUCUGUUACUUGAGUUACUUAUAUUGGUUAUUGCUUGGGGUAUACAAAGGCUUUCAUUUCACAGUGACAUUUGAAAGGCUGUGGCUGAGGCAUCCCAUUUCCUUCCCAUUUCCUCCCUUCUCAGUCUGAAAGCUUUCACAGACCAUGAGAAGAGCAUGUUUAAUGGAAGUGAUGGAUGUUUUUGCCUUGUUUAUGAUUUAAGAAUGCUUUGUAGGUAGCUUGAUGUGAUGUGUGGCUCUUAAGCAAUUCCUGCAUUAACAUAUCAUACUCUUGACAACUCCAUCACAAGAGACAAAUGUCUUAUUAUUGCUUCUCUUCUUCCCUUUGUAUUCUUUUCCUUUGCUCUUUUUCUCUUCAAUGCAUUCUCUUUAUCCAGCAGCCCAUUUCCUCAUUCCCUUUGAUUUCCCUUCUCUGUUGCUUCUCCCUGACACGUCUUUUCCCUUUAUCAUUGUCUAUCCAUUUAAGAUCCUCUCACUAUAACUCCCAUAUGCCUAAAUCAGCUCUAUUCCAUCUGAUCAACUUUAUGGUUCCUUUACCUGUAACUGGUUGACAGAGCAGGGCCCAAAGGUAAGUGCUAAGUAGGAGUAAAACAGCAGCAGGAAACUUCAGGGACAGGUAUCUCACCCUAGGAUCAUGCCCCAGACAAUAAGUCAGUUUAAAGGUGAAAGCCACAUGUCUUAUUUACAGAUUCUGAAUGCUUGUGUAAAGAUUGGAAGCUUUCAGUCCUCUUUUUGAAAUGUUCAAAAGAGCAAACUUCUUACAUUUGUUUUAGAGCACUUGCAGGUUACCAGCCCAUAUGUUUUUAAUGAAAAUCUCAGAAAUGGCCUCUCCUGAUAGCAGAAUUGGCCGUCUGGACUCUGCCCACUCAUCAGUGAAAUUGCUUUUCAUGUCUACCUUGUAAAUCGUACCUUUGCUAGAUAUCUCAGAGUGUCUAAUUUUUAUGCUAGUAAUCUCCUAACAGCCAGUUUUCUUGCUGACUAAAACUAUUACUUUUCCUUUGCUUCGGGAAAGGAUGUAGGAAUUAUUUUUCUUACUUUAGCCAGCGAAGUGAAGACUCCCUGGCCAUCAGUUAGGAAGGCCUAAAGACAGUUUUUGAGCAUCUCUGGUAAACUUGUAUCACAAUUUAACAUCUUAUGGUUUGUGUUUGCCUCCAGAGCUCUGUUACAUUUUUGCAUUGGCUCUGUGUGACUUCUGUUUGGUACUCCUCCAUACUCUUAUUUUGGAUGAGGAAUAAAGUCCAGUUGUGUGGAGUUGGGAUUUUUAGAGGGAAAGACGAAGGGCAGCUGCUGAACUCUGUUCUUCUAAGAUAAAUGUUAUUUUAGAGAACAGCUGAAUUAUUUAACACAUAGCUCCCCAUACUGAAUACUAAUGCAAAGCUUAGCCUUUAAAAUGAAAGAAUAACGAACAGGUUUUUAUAACUGAAUAACAUUGCAUGAGUUAUUACUAUAUCUUCCUUCCUUCCCUUGGCAGACUUAGUGGUGAUCUGAAAUGCUUGGUUGCCUGUUAAUUAUUUGUGCUAUUCCCAUUGUAUAAUAGGCUGUGUUAUUUUCUGUCAUUGUAAAAGUUCAUCCAAAAUCACUGAAGUUAAAACUGAAUUAAAUAUCUCCAAAAGAUACCACCAAAUAAAACAUCUUCAUGAUUUGUUUCAUUAA